UUCCAUUCCAAUAUAUUUAUAUUUUACAUAUUUAGUUUACAGAUACGUCACUACACGCGCUGCCGGUAAAAAGCACAUUUUUACCAAUGAGCACCGCACUCAAAAUUCUAUUUUGUUCUUCUGCAAUUUGCCCUAUAUAGAUUUCAGCGAUAACCCAACUAAAGUUUCUGUUUAAAUUUUCUUUAAAAUCGAACCUUGUGAAUUAGUCUCCUCGAAUGUUACAUACGUUACUGCACAACUGUCUUGAUCCAUUUUUGCUUAUGAAAAUAAGUUGAUUAAACUGCGCGCCAUAUCCUAGGGACGUUUUUUUACUCUUCAAAGACAGUUCUUUGCUGUAAAUGGUUGGCCGUUCGUUACUAGUUACUAGCAGACAUAGAUAUUUUUGGAUUUUAGGUAAAAUGGAAGGGUAGAAGAUUACGGUCAUAUGAAUCAUUUAUAUGGCCGUGUAGAAUAUAUAGUUUAUAGGGCAAUCCUUUCGCUAGCUAAUUCAAGGGCAGUGCUGCCAGUCACCUCAAGGCUACAGUGCCAUGUGAUUUAUAAUUAAAGCCUUAUCAAUAUCGCCCUUGUGUCGGAGGUCAGGGCAGGAAUGGUUGUAUGUGUUCAUGUGUACGUGUGUGUGAAAUGAAAAUGAGAAUGUGUGGUCUCCUCUGUAACCGACGGAACUGCCUUUGAGCAAACUACAGAAGUACCAGCGAAUGUAUCGAUGCAUGACGUUGUCAAAAGUUGUGGGAAAAAUCACUGAAAAGUUUCAAAUAAAGAGAACGAAGAAAAUUGGCAAUUUGGUCUCUACGAUGAAAAUAAACUGUCACGAUGCAAUUCCUUUUAUGCAUGGGAAAGUAAAAAGAUUGAAGACUAAUGUGUAUGCUUCCUGAACUUUCAAGAAAAUAAUGAUAAUAUCAACCAAACUAUGUACGUGCAAUUAAAGAGCGCAUUAGCAAGAACGCAAGUACGAUCCAGCACUAAUGUGAAAGCGAUAAAUCCGAGUGUCUAUCGCUUUCAGGAUUUGACCUGUUGUUCCUUGUUCUAUCAGAAUGUGAAAUUUCACUUAAAACUAUGGUAACAAACGGACGUUAAUUAAACCCUUAGCGUGACGGUAAGAAUAUUGUUGGCUCACUCGUGACACUUAUAUUUUCACCGGCAUGCCCGUACACAUCUCCCGGUCAUGCUUCGUGAUUUACAGAGACGCAACUAAACACACAAAUUUGUUCCAUCGAAGUUAAUACGAAUACAGAAUAUAAAUGAAAAUAGAAUACAAAUAUGAAAGUUAAAGAAAAAAAUUGUUAUUAAAAUAAGAAUUUUUAUAUAACCAAUGUAUUUUUAUCGACAAAUUUUUUCAAUUGAAACGACGAUGCAAAGAAAGCUUGGAAAGAGAACCGCCAGUCCUGAAGGACAAACGCGCGACGAUAUUCCAUGCGUGGCCACUAUAUAAAAAGGUGAAACUCGUGGAAAAGAAGCACUUUUGUUUCCCCAGUCUUUACGCUAAAACGUAUCUAGAAAUUUUACUAUCUCGCAGCGAAUUGUUACCUAAGUAUAUUUUUUAUUAAGAUGUCGCAACGAUUCAUUUGCGCUCUGCUAACGACUAGCGUUGUUUGCUGUGCACUCGCGGAGAAUAAUGAAUUCGCCGCGGCUUCUGAAUUCGUUAAGAAACAGCUCACGAAAGAUAAACUGUUAACGGAUGUCGUACGCGCUAAAAAUUCUUCCAAGACGCCAUAUCUGUAUAGCGUAGUGUCUGAUAACGCGCAACACGGGCAGAAGAAUUUUGAUAAACAUUCGCGAACGAUUAUUAAUCAGCGAUUGGAAUCUGAUUCGAGAGGUUUCAGUUGCUGCGGAUCCAGAUACGGUUCCAAUUCGUCAACGCGACCUGAUUCGUAUCACAGUAGGAUCCAUGUGGACAGCGGUCGAUAUCGAACUAAAUUUGCUGAACGUUUACCCACUGAUAGAUACGGCUGGCAAACUCAAGGACCACCACCAAGUUUAAGCGGAAGACCCGGAAGCGGAAGUUACGCUGGAACUGCAUUUUUCGAAGGAGGUCAUACAGGAGAUAGAUUUGGUCCACGACCGAGUUAUGGGAGCGAAGGUUCACGCAGACCUGGUAGUUAUGAUUCCGGCGGAGGAUAUGGUUAUGCUAGCAGUGGUUUCGGAGGAUAUAGCUUUAAUCGACCAACUGGUUACGGAGAUGAUUAUGGAAUUUCAGGGACCUUCGCUAAUGGCGAUGAAUUCGGAUCUGUGGAGCCAAAUCGUCCAGAUGGACAUCCUCCUCCCCAUCCGAAUAUUAACGCGCAGAAGGCCGUCGCUUUAAAAGCAUUGGCAGGUGUUGCGUUAAUUGGUGCAGCCGCCGCUUUAGCAACGAAUCCUGUUCUUCUUCCGCUCGGAGUUGUAUCAGGCAGAAAGAAACGAUCGAGUUUGUCCAUCAAAGACAGAAAUGAUUAUAUGAAUUACAUUUUAACAAACUUGAAAAGUAACGUUACCAAGAAUGAUGAAGAUGGAAACAAAGUAUCUCUCUCGCCAACGUGUGUAGCUAGAGUCACGUGCGAGAUUCAAAAGAAUUACUGGAUCAAUCGUAAGAAGGACGCUAACUUUUUCAAAGAGAUAUCAGCAUUGGAACAUCGUCUUAACAAUUUGCUUCUAAAUAAUGUACUCGACGAUGAACUUGUGAAUAUGCGCAUUAGAAGAUUAGUAAGAGCGGCAACCAUUGUUGCCGUGAAUGGAGACAAUUGCAACACAUUUACUUGUACUCUUGUACAAAUUAAAACAAGCAAGAAUCUAUCUGUUCUUAAACUAUAGAAUUUGUCAAGGAAUUGUAACUGGAUAUUCUUCUAAAUAUAAAAACUGACAAAAAAAUAAAGGCGUAAAAUUUUGCGCUGAUACGAAA